AUGCCUCGCGUAUGGAAUUCUUGUCGAAAUCGUUAUCGUCGCGUUGUUCUUGAGAAAUUGUGUGAGUGCUCUGUUGUUGUUGAGAGUCGAACAAAGUUCGAAAGUGUGAAUGAAGAUGGUGGCGGUUCAAGGAGUGUGUAUUGGAGUAUGCGGGACAAUAUCGAUUUGGAUUUGUUUGAUUAUGCGGAGUGGUCACGGGUGAAUACAUCAAGGCUGACUGAAAUGGUGGACUGGUUUAUGUUCAUGAAGGUCUUGUAUUUGGUUGAGGUUAGUGAAGUGAACUUGAAUGGAUACAUGGCUGCUGGCAGGAUUUUGCUUAAUAGUUAUGAAUUAUGUGAGAUGGAAUUAGCUAAAUUGGGGGAGGCUCGAAGGUGA